UUGACAUUUAAAUUUUAAUGGAAGUUUAUUGUCGCGGUGUGUCUGUGUUUUUCUCUUUAUUGUAUUGAAUUACUUACCAAAUUUCAUUACUUUAAAAACUAUUUAACUCUUAAUAUCGUGCCAUUACUUAAAACCGGCUAAGAUGGCUUCGCCUUUGGAACAGUUCGUGGAUAAUGUUAGGACUAUGUCGGCAUCAGGUUCCUUUCGAGAGUUGUGCGAAGUAAUUGGGAAAUCUGAUGAGGUAUUGCAAAGAAACACCGCACAUCUAUCAACAGUCUUGGAGACCCUUGACAUUCAGCAACACUCUUUAGGAGUCCUAGCAGUACUCGUCGCAAAAUUCUCACUACAACAGGGUGGUGAUGUAGAUAAAUCUACCAUGUUCAAACAGAUUCAUGAUUUUAUCACCAACUGCAACGGAGAGCAAGUGAGAUUUUCACCAGAACUAUAUGCCGAGCUGUGUCAUCUGUUAACAAAUUACUUGGUAGAAAUAAAGCAACCCAUCAGAGGAAUUGAAAUACUGAAGAAAGCUAUAAGGAAAAUACAAUUGUUUGAUUCCCAGCUAACAUCAAUCCAUGCAGAUCUUUGCCAACUCUGUUUACUCUCAAAAUGCAUGAAACCUGCUUUGGAGUUCCUGGACACUGAUGUUACUGGUAUUGGAUCUGAGCUUGGUGGUAACAAUGACUCGAAACAUUUUCUUUUGUAUUACUACUAUGGGGGCAUGAUCUACACUGCAAUGAAGAACUAUGAUAGAGCCUUGUAUUUCUUUGAAGUAGUUGUCACUGUGCCCGCUAUGGUGGUCUCUCACAUCAUGUUAGAAGCUUAUAAGAAAUAUAUACUGGUCUCAUUUAUUCUACAUGGAAAGAUAUUGCCUAUGCCAAAGUAUGCUUCGCAAGUAGUAUGUCGGUUUUUAAAGCCUCUGUCAGCGGCUUAUCAUGAGCUGGCUACCUCCCAACAUGCUGCUAUCAAACAUCGCGAUACCUUCAUCAGGGACAAGAAUAUGGGUCUAGUGAACCAAGUGUUAAGUUCUAUGUACAAAAAGAACAUUCAGAGGCUAACAAAGACGUUUUUAACACUUUCUCUGAGUGAUGUAGCCGCGCGAGUGCAGCUCACUGGACCAUCACAAGCUGAAAGUUACAUUCUUAACAUGAUUGAAGAAGGCGAAAUAUAUGCGAUGAUAAAUCAAAAAGAUGGAAUGGUGGUGUUCUUGGACAGUCCGGAGAAAUAUGCGUCGCCUGAAACUUUAUGCGUACUAGAACAACAAAUGGCUGCUUGCACAAAGUUGCACCAGUAUAUUCAAGAGAUGGAUGAACAGAUACAAGUUAAUUCUCAGUAUAUCAAGAAAUCAGUGGGCAGCCAUGACGAAGAUAUACCAGCCACCAGUCAGAAUUCUAAGACCACUUAUUCUAUGUAAACUUAUAGAUACUCAUUUUUUAAUAAAUAGCUUUGUAAUUAAAACACAAUUUUGUAGUUUGACUACAAUACAUCCCUAUCCCAGUUUAUUGUGCAACAUACAUACAUAAAUUUGAUUUAGGAAUAUAAACAUCUUUUUUAAAAACAACAGACAACAAAAAAUGAAAUAUAAAAGCAAAAUAUAUUACAAA